AUGUUCUCAUCGCUUGGAAAGUAUUCAUAUGAUUAUCAGGAUUUGCUUUAUGCUUCUGAUUGCAGUGCUCUACACAUAUCGGCUCGUAACAAGCAGAAUUUUGCCCUACGAACAUUGCUGACGGCAUUACGUGAAAGCUGUGCCGCCAACGAUGUGGCACAGGUUGUGAAUGCACAAAAUCUACGUGGACAAACACCACUGCAUUGUGCCGUACGAGCGGGCGAUGCAGACUGUGUGCAUUACCUGCUGAAUGCAGGUGCUUCGUACGACAUUCCCGACAACAAUUUUGAUACGGUUCGUUAA